CGUGUCUAUAUUAACACGGGUUGGUGGUAUUAAGUUUCAGCUGCGAAUCUUAUAAAUUGAGAAAAUUUGUGAUUGCAAGAGUUUUACCUUUGAAAGGGCUAACUUGGUUCGAAUUGGGUUAGUCAGGGUCCAUUGGGCCUUUGAAUAUCAUGAUGCAUACUGAGAAGCAUGUCUAUUUUCGACCCCUCUUGUUCUACAGUUCUACCCUUUUUCUGUAUAACAUGUAUAUUUUCGACCCUCUCGAUCUACAGUUCUAUCCUUUUUCUCAGGCUGCUAGAAUAUUAAGAUCAUAUGUAUUCAUUUCACUUUAAAGAAAGAUGUAUCCAUACGCACCUUUGAUUGCAUGAAUUAAAGAAAUUGCCACAUCGAUUCUUGCUAUUGGGACUUCUCGUGCAUAUUUAUUUCCCUUUUUUGCUACUCUUUGCGAGGUUCAUUUGUGGGCCUCCCAUUGAGCCUAUGGGCUUUAAGCAGGCCCAUCGGGCCUGAACUCGGCCCAACACGCUUCACAUUUUGCCCCAAUUUAAUUCUUUUUUUUUUCCCUCCCAAAACCGGCCAAAAUUAUUGCUUCUGCACCACUCACUCUGCAGCCAUGGCUCCCGCUGCUUCUCCGCCAUCUCUACUUUCCUUAAGCUCCUCAUUUCGCCCCAAAGUUCGCUUAAAAGUCUCACCCUCCGACGCUCUCGCGUCAUUACCAUCAACGGUCAGGCGAGUCCGAGAGACGACUCCGGCCUUCGCGGCUCGAGGAGAGCUCCCCGGUAAUGGUAGUAAUCCGGGAAGAAGUGAAGUCGGGCUUGCACAGGAAACGAAGAAGAGCGAACCUGGAGUUCCUCUCAGCACAGGGGAUAAUGCUCCGGUUAGAAAUUCUUUGGGACCCCAGCGAUACCGCCCUCCUCCUUUGGUUAAUGCCCUAAAAUCUUCUGCCCAGCAAGAUGCUGCAAGUUUCCAUUUCCCAGGACACAAUAGAGGUAGAGCUGCCCCGCCUUCAUUGGUGGAUCUCAUCGGGAUAGGCCCAUUUCUCCACGACCUGCCAGAGCUUCCCGAGCUAGACAACCUCUUCUCUCCAUCGGGCCCCAUCUUGGAGGCACAGAAGGAAGCAGCUGAGUUGUUCGGAUCCUCGGAGACAUGGUUUCUCGUAGGAGGGACCACGUGCGGGGUCCAAGCUGCUGUUAUGGCCACCUGCUGUCCAGGGGACACCAUUGUUCUCCCUCGGAACUGUCAUUUAUCGGCUAUUUCUGGUAUGGUGUUGUCUGGUGCAAUCCCGAAGUAUAUCGUCCCUGAGUAUAGCUCUCAAUGGGAGAUCGCUGGGGGGAUCAGUUCAAAACAGGUAAAGAAAGCAUUGGAUGAACUGGCAUUAGAAGGAGGAAAAGCUUCGGCGGUAUUUCUCACUUCUCCAACGUAUCAUGGUUUAUGCAGUAACAUAGCUGAGAUUUCUGAGCUAUGUCAUUCUGUCAGGGUCCCGCUGAUUGUUGACGAGGCUCACGGUGCCCAUCUAGGACUCCACAACCAGCUUCCCCCCUCAGCGCUCGAGCAAGGGGCUGAUAUUUCGAUACAAUCUACCCAUAAAGUUCUUUGUUCCCUCACACAAUCAUCAAUGCUGCACAUGUCUGGGAAUAUAGUAGACAGGGACAGAAUCUCUAGGAGCCUGCAAAUUCUUCAGAGCAGCAGUCCAAGUUAUCUACUUCUAUCAUCCUUGGAUGCUACUAGAGCUCAGCUGAGUGAAAACCGAGGAACUCUGUUCAGCAGAACAAUCAAUUUGUCAGUUGAUGCUAGACAACUGAUCAAAGAAAUUCAUGGUGUUACGGUUCUUGAGCCUUCGAGCUUCCCUAAUUGCUGUGCUAUAGAUCCUCUUCGGCUGACAGUCGGUUUUUGGCGACUUGGUCUAUCUGGUUAUGAAGCGGAUGACGUGUUGUAUGGAGAUCACGGGGUUGUCUGUGAACUCGUUGAGAAUCAAUCUGUUACUUUCGCAUUGAAUCUGGGAACCUGCGAAAAACAUGUCCAGAGGUUGGUUUCCGGAAUCAAGCAGUUGUCUGUGAGGUCAUCUAUUGGGAAGAUCAAUGAUAGGGGGAGUUGUAACCAUCAUUUCGAGCCAUUUGUUGAGACCAACACAAGGAUGAGUCCCAGAGAGGCAUUCUUUGCGAGGAAAAGGAGAGUGAGCAUCACGGAGUGCAUAGGGAGAAUAUCCGGGGAGCUUAUAUGUCCGUAUCCUCCAGGGAUCCCGGUAACUAUCCCCGGGGAGAUCAUCACUGAGAGAGGAUUGAAUUAUUUGCUGAAGGCUAAGAGGAAUGGUGCAGCCAUCAGUGGAGCUUCUGAUUCCGAACUCUCUUCCAUUGUUGUGUGCUGUGAGAAAUUUUCACGGAUAGGUUUGUUGGAAGAAGAUGCAUUUGAUAAGGGAUAAUUCAAACUCGGUAGCUUUGAGAUGUUAAAAGGUAUGCAUACAGUCGAACCGAUCACAAACUCCAGCUCAGAAAACUCGAGCUUGAUCUCUUCUUCUUUUAAGCUUCAUUUCACUCAAACCCGUCUGGCUUGACCUCGACUCGGUGUUUGACGAAACUCAAAUUCGGGUAAGGCUUGAGAUGGCGCUGGCUGAACAGCUAGAGCUCAAGAUAGCUGGUUAUAAAGUACCUGUAGAUGAGGUAAUACUUGUAAGUUGAGAUUUAUUAGUCUGAAAGUUGAUGUACGAUUGCUUAUUAGAAUUUCUAUCUUUUAUGUGAUUUAACAAUUUUUUUUUGAAAAUAAAUAAUGGAAUAUCA